CCCAAACCAGCCUCAUCAGAGUUUAUUCAAAGUCAUUAUGCUGUCAAGACACACUAUGACUUCAGUAUUUACAUAAAUACUGUGUGAACAGGAUCCAGUCCAACUGGUGCCCCUAAACCUCCAACAAGCUAAAGUUUCCACCUCUCCUUUUUUCACGUUGCUGGAAGCUUCCCCGCAGGAUCGUCACCUCUGAGGGUCCUUGUAAAACUUUGAUGCACUGUAGAAAAUGUGACCAGCAGGCAAUGUAAAGUAGCUGCCAGGAGAGAAACCGAUAUAGAGAUUCCUACCCAUAGGAUACCAACAAACAACUUGUUUAAAAGUUGGCACACGGCUAAAAGCGGAACAAUCUCUCUCCAGGAUCACACAUUCAGGGUUUUUUGUUUGGUCUCCAUGGUAACCUAACAAGGCCCGUUUGUGAGCAAUGUUACAGUUUAACAGGCUCUUUAAUGAGAUGAGGAAGACUCACAUUCAGCACUGUUUAGUAAUUGCAUCUCUAGGCUUUGUCUUAGAUCCCUAGACUCGAAAGCAUGGUUGAGUGCUCAACUUCUGCUCUUAUUUUGUAAUUUUAAGGAAAAAUGUUUCUAGAUAUUUGAGGGGAUUUGAUGCAAGAAAUUAACAUUUACAGAAAAUAAAAGAUCCUUUGCAAACUUUGACCUUUGCCCCAUAAAGGCAGGUCGGCCAGGUCAUGCUGAUGGACAAGGACACUCAGUGGCUGUACCAACUCCUGGCUGAGGUCCAGUUGGAGAAGUUCUACCUGCGCGUCAGAGAUGGCCUCAACAUCACCCGCAUCGAGCACUUCGCCUACGUCAAGGAGGCCGACCUGGAGCAGAUAGGAAUUAGCAAACCUGCACAACGAAGACUAUGGGAUGCACUGAAACACUACAAGGCAACUUCACGACCACGGCCAUGGAUGUCCAAGGUGUUUAGCGGGCGUGGUCCAGAUGGAGGGGAGCAGUGGAGCGGCCAGGCUCAGGGCCAGGAGGGGGGCAGCCGGGCUCUUCCUUGUCUGAUCCAGGACAGCGAGCUGAUUCUGGGCGAGAGGCUGGGCUCCGGGUCCUUUGGGGUGGUGAAGAGGGGAGAGUGGUACACGCCCACUGGCAGAGUGCUGCCUGUAGCAGUGAAAUCACUGAGGAGCAGUUUGUCAAGGCAUACAGACUCACUGACGGACUUUCUCCAAGAAGUAACCAUCAUGCAGUCACUGGAUCACCCCAACAUCAUACGACUCUAUGGUGUGGUGCUCACACAGCCCCUCAAGAUGGUGACCGAGCUAGCUCCCUUGGGCUCACUAUACGACACCCUGCGCUCACGUCAGUAUGAGUACCCUCUGGUCCGCCUCUGGCUUUUCGCUACCCAAAUCGCGGCGGGUAUGGAGUACCUGGAGACCAGGAGAUUCAUCCACAGGGACCUGGCUGCGAGAAAUGUGCUGCUGUCUUCGAGGGAGAUGGCUAAGAUCGGGGACUUUGGCCUGAUGAGAGGCCUGAGCCAAGAGACCGAUCACUACGUCAUGUCGGCACACAGACGCAUCCCGUUCGCAUGGUGUGCUCCAGAGAGUCUUCGUGUCGGCUCCUUCUCCCAUUCCUCAGAUGUUUGGAUGUUUGGUGUCACCCUGUGGGAAAUGUUCACGUACUGCGAGGAGCCCUGGUUCGGUCUGUCAGGCCGACAGAUUUUGUGGCGUGUGGAACGGGAGGGCGAGCGCCUGGAGAAACCCCAGGAUUGUCCUCAAGGGCUGUACGCCGUCAUGAGGAAGUGCUGGGCCUGCAACGCUGCUGACAGACCCAGCUUCGCCCAGCUCACCACUAUGGUGACAGAGGCUAAACCAAUGGAGGUGCAAGCAACUAGGGACUUUUCUGAACCCAGAAAACUCGCGCUGGUGGCCAACGACCUUGUAACGGUCAUAGAGCAUGGCCCGGAGGUGAGUGAGUGGAGAGGCCAGAAUCAGAGGACACUGACAGUCGGCUCGUUUCCUGCGAGCCUCACUGUACUGUCAAGCCCUCCUGGUACUGCUGCUCCCACCACUUCCAGCAACCCCGCUUCCAAUCCUGCCCAAAUCUCGGCCCCGGUGAAGGGCAGCCUGCAACACACUGGGCAUGGAGACAUCAAACCCGAACGCUGCUGGGGAACACCAGAGAGCCUGGACGACAGCAGCAGCAGCUGGAGGCCAGGCCCUGCCAGGGAGAAGGAGGGAUCCAAUCUGCAGAGAAUGGCAGGUAUGACUCAGAGCCUGGAGUCAGUCAUGAGCGGAAACCGGCCUCGAGCUCACACAGUAGGGGCGGUCCGAUUGGAUCAGCAGGGGAGAAUCAUGCCCCCCGUAAUGGCAGCCCGUAGCGUGGUGAUGCAGCAGGACCCCCGCCGGUUCAGCGAGGCCAGCAUCAACCCCCCUCCUCGACCGCCGCUCCCCAACCUGAGACGCUUGAACAUAAAGUCUCAGAGGAGGCCCACACUCAGUCCCGCCCCGGGCACCUCCUGGCCCACACAGGUGGUCCCAACCCCUCCGGCGCAGCCACAACUUCCACCUCAACCCCAGCACCAGCCGCAGCAGGGCGUCGGAGGCUCCAACCUGGCUAAGAUGUCCCACAUGGCACGCUCGACCCCGCAGCUGGAUGACUACGCAGACAGCAGAGAGAGAGACCGGGAGAGGGAACGAAUCAGAGACCGAGAGAAAUCGCCUCAUGUGCAGAACAGUCUCAUCACACAGGUCAUGGAGGCAGUACACGGAGUGACCACCGAAGAGGUUCAUACUGCACUUCAGCGUAACGACUGGAACCCGGUGCGAGCCGAGCAACAGCUCAAGUUGGAGCAGCUGUACUCACUGAGCCUCUGCUCCAGAGAGGACUGUCUGAGGAUCCUCUCCAGAUACCAGUGGAACCUACAAGUGGCCAGCCGCUACCUGAUCCGGUGGUCUCGGGACGACAGGCCCAGCCCAGGAGAGAGGGAGCGUCCUCCACAACAUUCUGCUUCACAGAGACAAACUCUGACAUCUGGAACCCCCCAGUAAAACAGGAGUGGAAGGUCACUCCAGUGGAGAUUAAAUUAGAAAAAUGAAGAUGAAUGAAUGUAAAAAGCAAAAUGCACAAUGACUUAAUUUUUCUGACUAGUCUCUGUAUUUGUUUAAAUUGUUUUUAUAUUUUCAAUGAGACGUUAAUACUGCACAUUAUGUUAUUCACAAAUAGUUUUUGUAUCUUAAUGAAUUUGUAUAUAUUGUGUUAGAAAUUAUUGUUUUGUUGAAUAAAACUGAUGAUCUGGUCUAAUCUGA